AUGGAGGCGGGCGGCGAGGCGCUGGCCGGGAGCGGGGUCUCGAUCUCCUUUCGCUUCCGCUGUGCGCUGCGAGCCCGCGGCCUGCAGGACAUCAGCGGCGACGGCGGGGUGCUCAAGGAGCUGCUGCGGCCCGGCACCGGGCAACCCGUGCCGCCGGCUGCCACCGUGGCGGUGAAGUACUCUGGAUAUCUGGAGCAUAUGGAUAAGCCCUUCUGCACAAACUGCACCAAGAAGCUCCCGAGGCUGAUGAAGCUUGGAGAAGACAUUACGCUGGGGGGUCUGGAAAUUGGUGUGCUCACGAUGAAGAAGGGAGAGGUGGCAAGGUUUAUCUUCGCACCAAAUUAUGCCUACGGCCAGCAGGGUUGCCUUCCUCUGAUCCCCCCAAAUGCCACGGUCUUAUUUGAAGUGGAGUUGAUAGACUUCCUAGACUCUGCUGACUCCGACACGUUCUUUGCGUUGACAGCUGAGCAGCAGGAUACGUUUCCUCUACAAAAGGUGUUGAAAGUGGCAGACGUGGAGAGAGAGUUUGGCAAUUAUCUCUUCCGUAAGCAGUGCUUCGAGGGUGCCAAAGACAGAUACAAGAGGGCGUACUCCAUCCUUGGUCGCAGCCCUUCCAGCGAGGCAGAGCUGUGUCAGAUUGAUGCUUCCAAGUUGCUGGUGCUCCUGAAUCUCUCAAUUACCUGCCUGAAGCUGGAAUGUCCUGCCCGAGCUCUGAUGUAUGGGGAAAAAGCCUUGGAGAUUGACAAAAGAAAUGUCAAGGCGCUGUUCAGGUGUGGCCAGGCUUGUCUCUGCAUGGCAGAAUACAAAAAAGCUCGGGACUUCCUGAUCAGAGCUCAGCAUAUAGAGCCGUUUAACCACGAUAUUAACAACGAACUGAAAAAGCUGGCAAGCUGCUACAGAGACUACUUGGACAAGGAGAAAAAAAUGUGCUGCCGAAUGCUUGCUGCUCUCAACUCUUCUUCGUGACCAGGAAUAAAGGACUUCUCCAGCUGACAAAAGGAACGGUCCUUGGGCAAAAAGGAGACCUGUCCCUGGGCAUGUGGAGGGUGUGAUGUUGGAUCUGUGUGUUUUGGGAGAAGCACGACGUGGAGGUCCUCGUGGUGUGUGCACAGCGUGGUUUUCCUGAAUUUGGUUUAUUUAGCAAUUCUAGGGCUGUUUGUAGAAGAACCGAGCCCUUUAUUCUUCCAUGAACAUUCCUUGAACGUUCCUGACAUCCUACCUCUUGCAGAUUAUGGGCUGCUUUAAGGGAAUCUGAAAGUACAAGUAGGAUGCC